GCGAGAUGGUCAGCUGCCGCGGCGCAGCAAGAUGCUUGAUGGGCUCCUCCUGGCGCGCUGGCUCGCCGCGUCCUUCGCGCUGACGCUGCUGCUCGCCGCGCUGCGCCCCUCGGCCGCCUACUUCGGGCUGACCGGCAGCGAGCCCCUGACCGUCCUGCCGCUGGCCCUGGAGCCGGAGGCCGCGGCCGCCAAGGCGCACUACAAGGCCUGCGACCGGCUGAAGCUGGAGCGGAAGCAGCGGCGCAUGUGCCGCCGGGACCCCGGGGUAGCCGAGACGCUGGUGGAGGCCAUCAGCAUGAGCGCCCUCGAGUGCCAGUACCAGUUCCGCUUCGAGCGCUGGAACUGCACCCUGGAGGGCCGCUACCGGGCCAGCCUGCUCAAGCGAGGCUUCAAGGAGACGGCCUUCCUGUACGCCAUCUCCUCGGCGGGCCUGACGCACGCGCUGGCCAAGGCCUGCAGUGCCGGCCGCAUGGAGCGCUGUACCUGCGACGAGGCGCCGGACCUGGAGAACCGCGAGGCUUGGCAGUGGGGCGGCUGCGGGGACAACCUCAAGUACAGCAGCAAGUUCGUCAAGGAGUUCCUGGGACGGAGGUCGAGCAAGGACCUGCGUGCUCGGGUGGAUUUCCAUAACAACCUCGUGGGCGUGAAGGUUAUCAAGGCUGGAGUGGAGACGACGUGCAAAUGCCACGGUGUGUCAGGCUCGUGCACGGUGCGCACCUGCUGGCGGCAGCUGGCGCCCUUCCACGAGGUGGGCAAGCACCUGAAGCACAAGUACGAGACGGCACUCAAGGUGGGCAGCACCACCAACGAGGCGGCGGGCGAGGCGGGCGACAUCGCGGUGCCCCGGGGCCGGGCGGCCGGCACGGGGGGCGGGGACCCGCUACCCCGCACGCCUGAGCUGGUGCACCUGGACGACUCGCCCAGCUUCUGCCUGGCCGGCCGCUUCUCUCCGGGCACCGCUGGCCGCAAGUGCCACCGCGAGAAGAACUGCGAGAGCAUCUGCUGCGGGCGCGGCCACAACACGCAGAGCCGGGCGGUCACACGGCCAUGCCAGUGCCAGGUGCGCUGGUGCUGCUACGUGGAGUGCAAGCAGUGCACGCAGCGCGAGGAGGUGUACACCUGCAAGGGCUAAGCCCGCGGGAGGUGGGAGGCCUGCUGUGCUCUCUUCUCCAGGGCCCCUACUCUCCAGGGCGCCGGGGGGCCGUGCUCCGGCCUCUGCAACCACUUGGCUUCGUGUGCCACACCCCCACCUCCCCUUGUCCCCGAAAAGCCCCUCCUGCAGAUCCCCAUCUCUGCUGACCGGCCCGUCUUGCCCCCCCUCUCCCCACGGAGCAGCUCAGAGCACCCUCCCUGGCUACUCAGGGCUCCCAUGACGGCCCAAGGGUGCCACCUUGGAGAUUGAAACCACUAGAGGAGAAAGCCGCCCGCUGCCCACACUGCUGUCCCUUCGUCGACGUCGAGCACUUCGCUUUGGAGUGCAUGUCAGUGACUUUUAAAUUAUUGUUAUUUAAUUAAUAUAAUUAUUAUUUUCCCCACCCCCAGCAUCACCCCGGGCUUGUGGCUCUUCCUUCUGGGGUUGGAAUCGAGUCGCUCGGCUCUCAGGUGCCCAAGUCCCGCCUGGAAGGUUCCUCUCGCCCGCCUCCCGCCGCCGUUUCUCUCCUUCCCUUCUUUGCCUAACUCUGCUUUGUCGUUUGAAACCACUAAGUCAAGAUAGAUGUUCUUGUGUUUUUGUGUGUUUUGUUUUUAAAGAAAUACAGCAAAGCUGUAACUGACCACAAGCCCCCAGGGCUUCCGGAAGCCAGGGCAUGCCACAUCCCGGGCCCUGGAGUUGCCUUCCCCCUGGACCCCUGCCACGCACCCCAUAGGCAGAUGACCUUGUACUCCGGCCCCCUCAACACAGAUUCCAGUGCCGGGGGUGGCGUGCUGUGCCCCAGGGGCCGGCUGGGCAGAAGUGCAGGGCUCCCUGCCUGAGGAAGCCACAGCUUGCUGUGUGUCCUUGCAGGGGAUGCAAGGUAGGGACACGUGAGGUGGAGAGAGUCUUGGGCUAGGAUUUGGCAAAUGGAAUGCUGUUCUCCUUGCAAGGAAGGGGAGAAGAUGGCUUACACUGACCUGGCUUGGUUUGUGCACGCAUGUGUGCAAGUGUGUCUGUGUGAGGCAUGUGCACUGUGUACAUGUGUGAGUGUGUGUGUGGAUGUGCUUGUGUGCAAAUGUGAGCCUGUGUGCAUGUAAGUGUGUGCAUGUGCAUGCCUAUGACUGUGUGUGUGCAUGCAGGUGUGUGCACUGCAUGAAGUGGUCAGUGGCCACCAGGGCAUAGCUGCCACCUGUGAGCCCCUUCGUCUGAGCGCCAUGCUGUGGCCCUCUUCCCCAAGGUGGUCGAGAAGCAGCCUGGGCUCCCCAGUGUCCUGAGGCAGGGGCCUGGUCUGUGUGAGUGUGGCCGGGGGCACCAGACCCGUGCCCUUUGGUGCACUGGGUAGGGGUCUAUGGGUGCCGAGCUGGGCGUGCAGCUGGGCACGGGAACUACUGAGUGAGCGGGCUGCCCUGAGUCCCAGGGUCUUGGGGAGCCCAGGGGUGACUGUUUUUACAGGAAAACCUAUUUAUGUUGCUAUGGGUCUCUUGCCCCCGUUUGAUGGUGUAAAUAGUAAAGUUUAUUGCCCUGUGGUUCAGAAAGCAUCGCCGUGAAGCACCUGUGUGCAAGGAGGUGCUGGAGCUGACGGUGCGGUGCAGGGUGUGAGGGUCUGAGCGGCUCUCUGCAGGAGGAGCGUGGGUGAGCCCGGGGAGGAGCAGAUCUGCCCGCGGAAGGUGCUGGUGUGUCCCUCCGUCUCCAGCAGACCUGGCUGGAGAGCGCUGGUGUGAGGUUCAGUGGGGCCGUCCCCUCUGCUCCCCAGACACCUGCACUGCUGCCAGCGAGACUGUGCGCUGUCACUUUUGGGUCUGUGGAAAGGUGGCAAGUCAGAGGAAGAAUAUUUUUUUAUCAAAUACCGCAUUUAGCUCUAUGUCACAAAUAUUAAAACUAUUUUUUUUUUUAAAAAAAAAAAAAACAAGGCAGACUGAAAACGUUUGCUGGUUGGUUUGUUUAUAUAUAAAUAUAUAUUGGAGUGUCUGGCUAAAUGAAGAAGCAAUUCCCAACUGCUGGAGCCUCUUAUUUAAUGUGCUUCUCUUCGGUGUGACAGAGUAUUUCUGGAAGAAAGAGCGAAGCAGGGUGUGAGGGUGCACAGCCAGCUGGGGGUCCCCCACAGUGUCCUCCCUGGCAGAGUUGGGGGCUUACCCGGGGUCUGUGCCUCUGUGGGGCCAGGGGGAGCUCGGGCAGCCAGGUGGGUGGUGCCCGGCGACUCCCCCAGCCCAGCCCUGUCAGGGGCUGUGCAGGGGUCUGGAACUCUUAGCCGGGUUGGGGGGUGCAGGACUGGGAAGCAGGGAUGCCCCACACAUGGAAACUUCUCAUCUUUGUGUUCAGUCUUGUGCGAGCCUGUCAAAUUUCUCUACCUCAUCUGUAUAGCGAGUAGGUGUGUACCUGAGUGACUGCGGAGAAUGUAUUUAAAUUAUUUAACACCUUUGUAUAACGAAAACCAGAAACGAGAUGGAAACAGUAAAUAAAUGUAUUUUAAAUUA